AGAAACUACAAUCCCAUGAUUCCGUUCCCGGCGCUACGCUCUGCACCCCUUUCUACUUUGACAUCAGCUGUUCUGCCUACAGAGCAGAGGCACCCUGCAGGAGACAGAAAAGCGAAUAUCCGUGGUAUGAUGUUGCUUUUAUUAAUUGUCGCGGGCCUCGGAGUGGUGACGUUACUGGUGAUUUUAUUUGCACCACAUAUAAGAAAGUAUGCAGCAGGAGGGGUGUGCAAGUCCACAGCUGAUCUGGAUGGGAAGACAGUCCUCAUCACUGGAGCCAACACAGGGAUUGGGAAGGAGACUGCCCUGGACCUGGCAAUGCGAGGGGCUCGGGUGAUUAUGGCAUGCCGACAUGUGGAAAAAGGAGAGGAAGCUGCGGCCAGUAUACGAGCUGCGUAUCCCAAAGCACAAGUGGAGGUUCGAGAGCUCGACCUGGCAGACACCUGCUCUAUACGAGCCUUCGCACAGAAAUUCCUGAGAGAGGUCAACCACCUUCAUAUCCUUAUCAACAAUGCCGGGGUGAUGAUGUGCCCCUACACAAAAACAAUUGACGGCUUUGAGAUGCAUAUUGGAGUCAAUCACUUGGGGCACUUCCUGUUGACGUCCCUCCUGAUCGGGCAGUUGAAGCGCAGUGCGCCGGCCCGGAUUGUGGUGGUCUCGUCUCUGGCACACAACUUCGGCUGGAUCCGUUUCCAUGACCUUCACAGCCAGGGAAGCUACAACAGUGGACUAGCAUACUGCCAGAGCAAACUGGCAAAUGUGCUCUUUGCCAGAGAGUUGGCACGUAGACUCAAAGGCACCAAUGUGACGGUGAACUCAGUCCACCCGGGGACGGUGAACUCUGACCUGACCAGACACUCAACUCUCAUGACGAUAUUUUUCACCGUCUUCUCCAUGUUCCUAAAAACCCCACGGGAAGGAGCACAGACCAGCAUCUACUGUGCUGUGGCAGAUGAACUGCACUCAAUCUCUGGGAAACACUUCAGCGACUGCGCCCCUGCCUUUGUAGCCCCACAGGGAAGAAGUGAGGAGACAGCGAGGAGACUGUGGGACGUCAGCUGUGAGCUUCUUGGUAUCGAGUGGGACUGAUUUAACUUUUAACCACCAUCUAUCUCACUUCUCAAAGGAGUCCUUAUUCUGUCUGUUAUCAUUCAUUUCAUUAUGGUUUCGAUGUUCUGUACUUUGAACGUUUCUUACCUAAUAAGCAGUCAGGUAAUACUGUAAAAGGUACUAUAAUGUGAAGUUGCUUUUUUGUGCAAUAAUGCAGUAAUUGCAUUAUAAUAACUUGAGUAUUUUGGUGCUCCACAACACCUCCUCAACCAAAACCACUCAACUUUAUCAUCAUGUAACCACAAAUAACUUUUUGAUUCUAUAUUUUUGUGACACAAUGUGAAUACAGUGUAGGCAAAAAAGCAACUUGAUGUGUUGUAAUGCUGUAGGAUACUGUGACGGGUCAAGCCAGGGUAAAUGACCAGCAUCUUUAUCAAAUAUUGUGUUUUUUGAUUUCUCCAGAAUUUGCAGCUAAAUUGAUUGACUUUUGUGCCAGCAUUUCUAAACAAUUGCAGGGGUUCUUACGGUGUUUCCAGGUUGAUAAAAAAUUAGUAAACUAUCUACUACUAGUCAGUCUGAGCCAUGAUUACCGCUUGAAUUGCAUAAAUGUAUUUUGUGAUAAUUGUAGUUGAUGUAGAUUAUAAGAAGGUUUUUCUAUUUUAACCAAAUAAGAGAUAGAGUCACAUCAUUGCAAAAUUUGCAAAGGAUUUUUUCCAUCUGCAUUGCCAAAACUGCACAUUCCUGGAGGAACUACAGUUUUACAUUUAUAAGGAUCUCCCUCCUCAUGUUUCCCUCUCAGCAUUCACAUGCAAGGUUGCCAAGAGUUUACAUUCUGUGUUUUAUACAAGUGAAACAUGCCUUUUACUACACUUACAUUCAUGUUAAGAGUUGAAUGUUUACAUUUGAUGUAAAUAAAUGGAAAUAUUACUAUAA